CAGCGCAGCCAGUCAGUGCAGCCGGAGAGGAGCAGCGGUCACAGACAGGCGCAGCGCCGCUGCUUCAACAAGCUGCAACUCCAGGAAGAGCUGCUCGGAGGCCCGGGGAGCCAGGCAAAAGGCCUGAUUUCAGAGGAACGGCGCCCGUGGAUGGACAGGACUGGCACCAAUGGCAUCGCAGGAGCUCAUGGAUGGAAGAGUAACCAGCGCUGAUAUUUUGAGCCCGGGGAUGGAAGCUGGUGCGAUGCCCAGCAGUGGUAAAACCUGCCCCGUCCACGCUGCAGGGGCGGAGGAUACGAAGAGGGGCUUUCGGAAGACGAUAAGCAGGCAUAAUGACUACGUGAAGAUCUCUCUGCUGGAGUCCAAGGUCAACCGUCUGCCCAUGGAGUGGUGGAAAACAGCUAUUGUUUUCUUUUAUGCUGGUUUUAACUUGGUCCUGACCACAGUGGUCAUCACAGUCGUUCACGAGAGGGUCCCACCCAAAGAAACCAGCCCACCUCUUCCUGACAAGUUUUUUGACUAUAUUGACAGAGUGAAAUGGGCAUUUACAGUGACGGAGAUCAAUGGCAUGGUGCUGCUGGUCAUUUGGAUUAUCCAGUUGUUCUUCUUCAGAUACAGGUCAAUAGCUUGCAGACGGUUUUUCUUCCUCAUUGGCACCUUGUACUUGUACCGCUGUGUCACGAUGUACAUCACCACCUUGCCUGUGCCCGGCAUGCACAUGACCUGUGCUCCAAAGCUUCAUGGAGACUCCCAUGCAAAAAUGCAGCGGAUUCUGCAGCUGAUCUCAGGCGGCGGGCUCUCCAUCACAAACUCCCAUCUCCUGUGUGGAGAUUUCCUGUACAGUGGCCACACUGUGAUGCUCACGCUCACCUAUCUGUUCAUCAAGGAGUACUCGCCGCGGUCGUUUUGGUGGUAUCAUCUCAUGUGCUGGCUGCUGAGCGCUGUGGGUGUGGUGUGUAUCUUGGUGGCACAUGAGCACUACAGCGUCGAUGUGGUCGUGGCCUAUUUCAUCACCUCCCGUCUCUUCUGGUGGUAUCACACCAUGGCCAACCUGCAGACCCUGAAAUGUUCCCCAAACAACUACCUCACCAACACCUGGUGGAACCCGCUGUUCAACUUCAUGGAGAGGAACGUCCAGACCUCAGUGCCGUGUUCGUACAGCUGGCCCAUCACCUGGCCCCCCGCCUGUCUGAAGAAUCCCUGCAAGAAGUACUCCAUGGUGCAGAGCACACGAGAGGAGUGACGCCACUCUGAGGCCACCGGAGUGAACCGUCAACAUCCACUGUAGUGUUCAUUCAGUCUUGUCUAUGAUGUGAUUUAUUUAUGAAUGAAAUCUUGAAAAUAAUUAUACUAUCUAUAGACAAUACUUGUGUCCAAUCCAAUGGAUUUUCACACCUUAAGUUUUUUUUUAAGUAUUUCACAGUUUUUUUUUUUCAGGAGGAUUGCAGUAUUUGCAGUAUUGACAUUGAUUUUGGACUUGCUGCCAUAACUCCUCCAUGCUGUUUGCUUUUAUGAAUUCUAUCUAAAUAUUUAAAUGUGCUCAAGUCACAAGGUGCCUUAGUUUGUCAAAUAUUUGUAAACGUACCAAAGCAUCAUUAUUAGUCUUUGAGUAUUACGGUAGUUUUAUUUGAUAUCAGUAUAGUUAAUACUUUUUUCUUUUAUUUUGUAGCCUUUAGUGUUAACU